ACGUUAGCUUGCCCUAAAUGUGCGUUUCGCAACCAAAGAAGAAUGCUUCCCGUCAUUUUGUUUCUACAAUUUCUGCUCACCUGUUAUGGAGAAGAAUUUUUUGUCUAUCCUACCCUACUGCAAAGACGGGCUGCUACGUCGAGCUUAGUCCUCCAUAUCAAUGACAAGAUAAUACUGAAUCUUGAGAGGAGCUCCGUACUGGCGGAUGAACUUCAAUUCAUUACAGCCAGUGACCAAGGGAACGAACUCGACAUGGUAGACACAUCUUCUAUCCAAGAGAGCCUGUACCACGACACACAUCACCAAUCCUCUGUUAGAAUACGCGAGCAAGACGGCGUUGUGCAAGUCGAAGGUGUGAUCAACAGCAAGCUGAGGAUAAAGCCACUACCUGAAAGUGAACGGUCGUCGGGAGGUCGGAUGCUCCACAAAAUUUACGAUGUGCACGAGAGACAACAAGGAUCUUUCAUGGAAGGUCGGAUGCUUGGGCGUCUACAAAACGAUGACCAGAAGGAUAGGCGUCACCGCAAGUCUCAAGAGCACGAUGAAUUGGAGUUGCCCAAUAGAAUGAUGCGUCGAGAGUCACGCCGAGCGGAAGGACGGAAUAUGAAUGCUGAAUUGUUUAUCGUGGAACUUCACGCAAUGUCCGACAAAGCGCACCAAGUGAACUUCAAGAAGAAUGAAGAUUUAAUCGCCUAUAUGGCUGUCAUGUCAAAUGCAGUAAACUUGAGAUACCUGGACAUGAAAAAUCCCAGAAUUAAGUUCAAGCUCAUUGGAGUAACCAGAAGCCAGAACGACAGUUUUUCGAAAGUUGGCAAAGGCACAGUUGAGUCGGAGCCGACAUUGGACGGAUUGGGAAAAUAUGUCAAGGAAGGGAAGUUGCCAGGGAAUCCUGACCUGGUAUAUUUUGCAACUGGCCUCGACAUGAUCGAAUUUGAGCAAGGAAGAAUGUCUACAGGAAUAACAGGCCUGGCAUAUAGGAGUGAAGUGUGCCGUAGGUACCGUGUCGGAAUGGGCGAAGAUAUACCAACUUCCUAUUCUGGAGUGAGAACAAUGGCUCACGAACUCGCACAUAUACUGGGAUCGCCGCAUGACAAGACGCCAAAGUGCCCUUGGUCGGAAGGAUAUCUCAUGAGCUAUCUCGACGGAGGCACAAAAAAAUACCGUCUUUCAACUUGUAGUGAAGAAGAAAUACGAAAAACUGUACAUUCUCUCCCGAAGAGCUGUUUCGAUGAGCAGAGCAAGACGAACUACCAGGCUGUGUACAAGAGAUAUCCGGGUCAGUCAGUGCGGCCGCAAUAUUACUGCAGAAGGAUGCUGAAGGUGAAGGGAAAACGAUCGAAGGUGUCUGCAAAGAAGCCGGCGUUUCUUAGCAAGCAGUGCAAAAUGAACUGUUGCGUGCAGUCAAGUCUUGCAGACAUGUGCUAUAAAGUAAACAUACUGGAAGGCAUGGAGUGUACGACUGGAAAGACCUGCAGAAGAGGAGUCUGUGGAGAUUUUAACUGGUAGUAGUUGAAAGCUCCAGCAUACACCAGUUUUCUUGCCCAUUUCAAGAAACCCAAGUUCCGAGCCUUUCGGUAAUAAAUCGUUCAGAAGCAAC